UACCAAUUUUGAAAACAUGUGUGUUUGAAUGAAAACAAAUCUUUUAAUGUGUGCAGUCAUUUAAUAUUUUCUAUAAAACUUUAACAAACGGAAUGGAUGAUUUAAGAGAAUUAGUGCAAUUUAUGCAACCAAGCCAGCGUUUGGAUCUGAAGUCAGUAGCCACAGCAAAUGUGCUUUGUUUAACCGGUUCUGAUGAAGGUAAAGCCGCAAUAGUGGAGUGUGAGGAUAUCAUUGCAGCACUGAUAAGACUAACUUGUGAUGAAAAUCUCUCAGUGGCAAAGGAUGCAGUAUUGAGUCUGAUUAAUUUAACAGCUGAAGAAUUUGGCGCUGUCAAAGUACUUGAAACCUCCAAAAAUGUACAGGAUCGACCACUUAUACAAAUUGCCGUCAAGCACAUAACAGAUGAGAAUUCAGAAUUUGCAGAUGCUUGGGCAAUGGUGCUUUGCAAUAUGUCACGUGUUGAACGUCUGGUGAAUGACAUGCUGGAUGAAAUGGAAAAAGACGAGAAUAUAUUUUUCAAACUUGGAAAAUCAUUUUCCAAGCUAAACUACAACAAAAAGAACUCCAAACUGCAUUAUUUGGGUCCAUUAUUCUGCAAUUUAACGCAAAGCAGUCGUGGUCGUGAGCUAUUCUGUAAUUCCAGAUAUGAUCUCUUCGAUAAAGUGCUGCCAUUUAUAUGUUAUCCAGAAUCUGUAGUACGCAGAGGUGGCAUUAUUGGUGUGGUAAAGAACAUUUGCUUUGAUCCUGUUUACCACACUUUAAUACUAACUGAUAAGGACGACGUGUUGCAUAGCAUCUUAAAUCCUCUUUGCGGACCUGAAGAGUUUACAGAGGAAGAAAAUGAACAGUUGCCCAUUGAGUUGCAAUAUUUGCCUGAAGAUAAAGCUCGUGAAGUGGAUCCAGAUUUGAGAAAAAUGUUAUUGGAAUCGCUACUACAGCUGUGUGCUACUAAACGCUACCGAGAGUUGCUGCGUUCGAAAGGUGUUUACUUUAUUCUACGCGAGUACCACAAAUGGGAAGCCAAAGUCGGCAAAGACAGCGAAUGUCUGCUGGCCUGCGAAAAUGUUGUUGAUAUACUCAUUAAAAAAGAAGAAGAAAUUGGUCUGGACAACUAUAAAGAAGUGGCCGUUCCAAAUGAUGUUGCUGAGAAAUUCGUAAAAGACGAUUCAGAAUAUUUGAAAAAUCUAAUAUAAAUUAAAUAGUUAUAUAUUAAUAUAUAGAUAAUUAAAUCGAACUUGUGGGGAACUUGAUUUAUAUAUGGAAUUUAAUAUUUCCAUUGACUAAAAGUAGACUGGCGCUACUAAUCUGUCAAAGAAGAAAAUAAGAAAAUAUUUACGAUCCAUUUUUUCAAACCUUGAAACUGAUGUACAAUAGUUAAUUGUAAUUUAACUGCUUUAAAUAAAUUAGUUAAUAAUUAA